AUGUCGACCUUUACGGACGCUGAAGAGGAAGAGUACUACGACAUUCGCUUCCUACUCCCCCAGGGUGUCGGCGUCGAUACGGAAGACAUCGAGAAAUACAGGCCCGGGGGCUUCCAUCCUGUUCACUUGGGCGACAGGUACGAUGAUGGGCGCUACAGAAUUGUGCAUAAGCUUGGUGCCGGUGGCUUCUCCACCGUUUGGCUCGCUCGGGACGAGGACAGGAAGAAGUGGGUGGCUCUGAAGAUAGUCGACGCUGAGCAUUCGGCAUCGGCUGCUGAAAAGAGUGUCCUGAGCCACGGCGUCACCUCAAAUCUGCAAGCCAGCGGAGCACAGUUUGUGGUGGAGCAUCACCGACAAUUCACCUUUGACGGACCAAACGGCCACCAUCUAUGCCUCGUCCUGCCCGUCCUUGGCCCAUCGGCGUCUGAGCUGUCCUAUCACUUCACUUGCCGACUCACACCACAGCUCGCUCGGACAGUUGCCUAUCAAGCCACGAGAGCAAUCGCCGAUCUUCAUUCACAAGGCCUUUGCCACGGGGACGUAACAACGGGGAAUUUUUGCCUCAGCCUUUGUGACAUCGACCGCUUUGGAGAAGGUGACAUCUACCGCUUGUUCGGCCGCCCAACAACGGGAGAGCUGGAGACCGAGUCUGGCGAAAUGACCGGUCCUGAGGCGCCACGAUACAUCGUGGAGGCAAUAAAUUUCCUUGCUCCUCCAUCAAACAUCAUCAACACCGAUAUUAAACUCAUCGACUUCGACCAAUGUUUCCCUAUAUCGACGCCGCCUGAGGAGCUGCUAGGUACUCCGCUCGAAUUCCUGGCGCCCGAAGUCGCGGUCGGCCUGGCUGCUAGUCCCGCGAGCGAUAUCUGGGCUCUUGGCUGUUGCAUCUUCCGACUUAGAUCCGGAGAAGGCCCUUUCGAGAGUCCCUUUGAUGUCACCUGUCCGGCGGAUCUGAUAAGCUACAUCAUCCACACUCUGGGAGACAUGCCCCGCAAGUGGCACGAUACUACCCUGUGGGACUCUCAGGGGCGGCCGACAAAGGAUCCCAGCAAGGGGAAACCACAUAAGCAGUGGUGGGAGGGUGACGAACGAUCUUUGAAAGAUAUAGUGUACAAUAUAUGGGAUGAACCGAAGAGUCGUGUCGUCCAGACCGGCACGUCGAGGCCGGAGGAGAAAGUUUGGUUCAAACACCAACACCAACCAUUCCCAUCAUGCUUCUCAGACAUGGUGUGGAACCCAAAAGCCAUCAAGGUAGACAAUGUCUAUCUAUCCGGCUACAACAAUGAGUGGGGUAGGCGCCUGAAGGCACUGCCCAAGAUACCAGAGCACGAGGCUGCCCUGCUAGACGACCUCUUAUCAAAAAUCUUUGUUUACGAUCCGACAAAACGUCCCACAGCUACGGAGAUGCUUAACCACCCCUGGUUUCACCUAGACGGGCCAUUAGACGGGCCAUGA